AUGUUUAAGAAGUUCUCAUCCGAAGAGGUUUCUGCUCAAAAUCAAGUGAAAGCAUCUGUGCAGCGAAAAAUACGACAAAGUAUUGCAGAGGAGUACCCUGGACUUGAACCUGUGUUGGAUGACUUGCUGCCAAAAAAAUCACCCCUAGUUGUUGCAAAAUGUCCAAAUCAUCUUAAUUUGGUUCUGGUAAACAAUGUGCCGCUGUUCUUCAACGUACGGGAUGGACCAUACAUGCCUACAUUACGGCUUCUUCAUCAGUAUCCAAAUAUAAUGAAAAAGCUGCAAGUUGACAGAGGGGCUAUAAAAUUCGUACUUUCUGGUGCCAAUAUCAUGUGUCCAGGCCUUACGUCUCCUGGUGGUGCAUUGGAUGAUGAAGUAGAAGCAGAAACUCCUGUUGCUAUAAUGGCUGAAGGAAAGCAGCAUGCUCUAGCAAUUGGAUUCACAAAAAUGUCAGCAAAAGAUAUACGAACAUUGAACAAAGGAAUUGGUGUGGACAACAUGCACUAUCUUAACGAUGGCCUUUGGAAGAUGGAGCGCCUCGGCUAA